AUGGUCCGAGCCGCCCUUUUACAGCUGGGGCGAUUCCUCCGACGCCGGAACGUGACACCGGGAGGGCUUGACCUCGGCAAUGCGAAUCUCCCCGAGCGUCCGCCUUCGUCUCCGUCACCACCAUCACUGUCACACGCGACACUCCCUCAUUCCUCCACCUCCGCCAUCCACGACAUCGACGACGGUUUUUAUCGCCCUUUCUCUUACAAGGCCUGGUGGCCCGAAUUCGACACCAUGUGGAAGCCGUCAGAGCGCCUGAUGGAAACCAUCAGGCACUAUGCCAGCUUCCCCGCAACCGGAGUCUCGUUGAGGCAGAUGGUCCAGUUUGGUGACCGUCCCUCCACUGGCACUCUCUUCCGCGCAUCCCAAUUCCUCUCCGAGGAGCUUCCUAUUCGUCUCGCCCACCGAGUCCAGGACUUGGGCGAACUGCCCGAUGGUCUCAGCGAGAUGCCAUCUAUUAAAAAGGUUCAGGACUGGUAUGCGCAAUCUUUCGAGGAAAUCAUCAACCUACCUCGCCCUACCCUGACUCAGGAAGUCAAGGCCCGUCUACUGCGACCAGGUCGCAUGAACGGCAGUACCUCCAAAAUUAUCUGCGAGGCGACGCAAAAUCCCAGCAUCAAGGAGGGUCAGUACCGCUCCUUACCGACCACCAACGGAAACGGACACGGCGUCGGCAAAGCCGCCGCCGCCGGGCGCCGAUACUUCUUCCCCGCAGACGACCACGGAGACUGGCCACCAGAACUCAACGAUUACAACCAGCGAUUCGCCAAAACUCUACAGCAGAUCAAGCGCCGCCACGAUGGUGUCGUUACCACCGUUGCCCAGGGUAUCCUGGAGUGGAAACGGGUGCGGCAACGCAUGCAAAUCGACUCCACCAUCCAAUCCUUUCUCGAUCGCUUCUACAUGUCUCGUAUCGGUAUUCGAAUGUUAAUCGGUCAGCACAUCGCACUCACGGAACAAACGCAUAUCAAGCACGCCAAUUAUGUCGGAAUCAUCUGCACCAAGACCAAUGUUAAGGACAUUGCGCUUGAGGCGAUCGACAAUGCUCGCUUCGUUUGUGAGGAUUACUACGGUCUGUUCGAAGCGCCCAAGGUGCAGCUGGUCUGCAAGGACGAUCUGAAUUUCAUGUACGUGCCCGGUCACCUGUCGCACAUGCUCUUCGAGACCCUGAAGAACUCGCUGCGCGCGGUGAUUGUCGCCGAAGGCAAGGAAGACAUCACAAUCAAGAUUUCGGACGAGGGAGGCGGUAUCCCACGAUCAAGCAUUCCCUUGGUGUGGACCUACAUGUACACCACCGUGGAACAAACCCCCAGCCUCGACCCGGACUUUGACAAGAGUGAUUUCAAGGCCCCUAUGGCGGGCUUUGGCUACGGAUUGCCGAUCAGUCGAUUAUACGCCCGGUACUUUGGAGGUGAUCUCAAGCUGAUCAGUAUGGAAGGAGACGGCCGGACCCGGUUCACCACUUCGCACCGCCUGCACCCCAUUUACAUCGAACCGGUACCCAAAUUUUCGUCUCGAGGACUGACACCCAUGAAUGCUCAGGCGCAUCGCAAGCGCCUACAGAGUCGGGAGGUUUCGGAGCGAAAACAGGUCGGAGAUGCGGAGAGUCUUUUCCACGCGAAGGAGCGUCGCCGCGAGGAAGCGGAGGAAGAGCUAUGA